AUGUAUGAUUUAUAUAAAGAAACUACAACUGAACCCAUAAGUAAAACAGUGUACAAUCACGUGCUCAAGACUUUAAAUUUAUCAUUCAAACAGCCUUCGGUAGACACAUGCCAGAAAUGUGAUAGACUGAACAAGCAGUUGGAAACUGCAACGUCUGAUGAAGUCAAGGCUGAAAUAAAAUCCCACUUGCAAGAACACCAAAAUAGCGCGACUUUCGCUUAUGAUCUGAAAGAAAAAGAUAAAAAUCAUGCAAAAUAA